AUGGCUGUAGACUGGUGGAGGACGCCGGAGCGGAGGAGGAGCUCGAGGUCGUUGAUCUGCCUCGCGAGCCAGCCGGCGGCCAUGUCGAGGUCGGACUGCAUCAGGAGCUUGCCGCGGGCGACGGCGGAGCCGUCGGAGCAGUACCCGCAGAGGGUCUCGGCGCGGCGGAGGGUGGAGAGGAUCUCCGGGAGGAGGGCGGCGAGGAGCGGGUUCUCCGACCAGUGUGGACAGUCGGCAAUAUCGGAGAGGAGGGACCGAACGGCGGCGAGCCGGGAGCGGAUGGUCUGCCACCUGGAGGCGAAGCAGGUGACGGAGGCCGCGGCGGGUAGGAGCCGGUCCAGGCAUUGGGCCGCGUCGCCGAGGACCGCGGCGGGGAGAGGCGGAGGGGCGGCGGGGGAACGCAUUUUUCCUUUUUCUUCGAGCACGGCUUGUUAA